UAGAAUUUGAAGAAAAAUAUUAUUAGGACUAUGAACUCAAGGAUCUUACUCUAACGGUUAUUGAGUACUUAUUUCAUGUUUGAGCAGGAGACUUAUGGCUGAGGCACUUUUACCGUUUGCAGUGGAGAGGCUUUGGAACCUCCUUGUCCGAGAAACUGGGAGAUUUCAAGGAGUUGAAGAGCAGUUCGAGGGAUUAAAGAGUGAUGUUGAAAAGUUAAGGUGUUUUCUAGAAGAUGCAGAGGCCAAAAAACAUACAAGUGCAACGGUAAAACGCACUAUCCAAGCGGUCAAAGAAAUAGUUUUGGACGCAGAAGAUAUAGUCGAAACCUUUGUUUUAAUGGAAGAACUCGGAAAUAGAAGAGGCAUCACGAACACUGUAAGAAGACUUUCUUGUGUUAGUUUGGAACGCAGGGGACUUGCAAUGGAUAUGAAAGCUGUACGUGAGAGGAUCUCUAAGGAGAUACACGAUAUGCAGAGUUAUGGCGUACAACAGCAGGUCAUUGUCAGAGAAAGGUGUAUGCCUCCACAGGACGAACAAAGACAAACGUUUUAUAUCGUUGACGAAGAGCAACCUAUUGUUGGGAUGGAGAAAAAUAUUGAGCUAGUGGUUGGCAAUUUGGUGGAGGAGGAUAGCAGUCAAGUGGUUUCCAUAACCGGGAUGGGCGGUCUUGGUAAAACCACACUGGCAAGAAAAGUUUUCAAUCAUGAGAAAAUAAAAAGUCAUUUUCCAGGAUUGGCUUGGGUGUGUGUUUCACAACAGUUUGAAAGGAAGUGUGUCUGGCAGACAAUCUUGCGCCAACUCAGGCCAGAAUGCGAUGUCUCAAAGAUGAUGGAAGACGAACUUCUGGAGAGAAUUGUUGGAGUGUUGGACACACAAAAGGCUUUGAUAGUCAUUGAUGAUAUAUGGAGCGAAGGAGACUGGGACCUAAUCAAGCAUGUGUUUCUGCCAAAAAACGGAUGGAAGGUUUUACUUACUUCUCGCAAUGAGGAAGUGGCAUUACAUGCAGAUAAACAUUGUGUCACCUUCAAACUUUUGAAGAAAGUUGGGAUCUUUUUCAACGGAUAGCAUUUCCUAUUAAAGACACAGCUGGUAUGUUUUCAAAGGCGGCCUACUUGGAUUUUUUUUUCUGCUAUAGUAAAUUAAUGAAAAAUGACUACACUAUAUGCAAGACAUGUGAUCAUUUCGAACAUUCUUGUAACUGACACUA